CUCUCAUCUUCAUGCCUGUUCUCGAGACAUACACUCCCCCCGCUGUAUCCCAAGGGCCCGGCCUAGUCAUGUGUGAUAGAAAGCCUCACUACACGCUAUAAUAUCCUUCCUCCUUCCCAUCAUCUCGACACGUGCCCGUGAUAUCGCAUUUGUUUCCGUCUCGAAGACAUAUCGAGGCCAUGCCGAAGAGCGGCCGCCCUUGUUUGGCGACCGGUGACUGAUGGUCACGGGUGACGAACUUGUCUUUCCGCUCGGUCAGAGCUGUACUUCAACUUUCUGCCAGCUCUCUACACUCCUUGCCAGCUCUCCACACUCGUCACGCUCGUCGUCCCGAACACCCCCGCUGUCGUUGACAGACAGUCCUCGUAAUUCUCACCUCGACGACUCGCCAUGUCCAACCUAGAGAUCCAAGAAGUAGAGGCUGCAGAUCAAGUAAAAGUUGAAAGUUCACCCCCUCACCAUCCCUCAUCGACUCGGCCGACUUCAGUCACUCUCAGCCCAUCUCGCAUUAGAAACCCCAUCAUCAACUGGUUCUUGAACCUUGCAUCUGGCAUUAUUCUAGACAUUAGAUCUCGCAGUCCUUACUACUUCAGUGAUUGGACCGAUGCUUGGAACUAUCGUGUUGUUCCUGCAACCGCUCUCAUCUUCUUUGCAAACGUUAUUCCGGGAAUCGCUUUCUCUCUAGAUCUCAUAGAAACUACCGAGCAGUAUGGUGUAGCAGAAGUCCUUCUCUCGUCGUUCAUGGCCGCAUUUAUUUUCUCCGUUUUUGGUGCACAACCUCUUUGCAUCGCCGGAGUUACUGGCCCUAUUACUGUCUUCAACAAGACCAUUUUCGACAUCAUACGAAAAGCCCCAGAUGCACCAGUUUACCUCCACUUCAUUGGCUGGGUGUAUUUGUGGGCAGCCAUAAUUCACUGGAUUACUGCAAUCCUUAAUUGGUGCAAUUUUCUUCGUUAUGUUACACUUUUCUCUUGCGAUACCUUUGGCUUCUACGUUUCAUGGGUUUACCUCCAGUAUGGUAUCCAAGUUCUCACCCGACAAUUCAGAGACGCCGAUCAGAGCGGUAAUCAACUUGGCGCACUCGUUUCAAUAAUCCUUGCCAUCCUCAUGCUCGUCGUCUCCUUCCUUUUCCAAAGCAUGUCUGAAAAGACGUUCUUUCAUCGCCACGUCCGCCGCUUCCUCGCAGACUAUGGAAUGCCAAUAUCCCUUGUAGCCACCUCCGCGAUGGCCUAUUGGGGACGAUUCAAUUUAGCCAAUCCAACUACACUACCCGUCGGAAAAGCCUUCCAACCCGCUGGUGGUCGUGAAUGGCUCGUCAAGUUUUGGGAACUGGAUGGAAAAUGGGUGGGGAUCGCCCUCCCGUUUGGAAUUGUGCUGUGGAUUCUGUUCUUCUUCGAUCACAAUGUCUCGUCAUUGAUGGCCCAAGGCUCUGAGUUCCCUCUUAGCAAACCACCAGGUUUUCACUAUGACUUCUUCCUCCUCGGAAUUACGACCUUUAUCUCUGGCUUGCUCGGAGUGCCAGCUCCGAAUGGUCUGAUUCCUCAAGCCCCAAUUCAUACCACGUCCCUCGUAGUCACUAAGCGGAGGAAAGACGAGAAGAGCGAGAAGCAUCCCGAACUGGACCCGAUUUGGCGUGAAGAGCCUGUAGCUGUCGUCGAGCAGCGUGUUUCCAACCUUGCUCAGGGAUCGCUGUGUCUCGUUCUAUUAACUGGACCGUUCCUGCAUGUAUUGAACUUGAUUCCAAGAGGUGUUUUGGCGGGACUUUUUUGGUUUAUGGGCGCUGAUGCCCUUCGUACCAACGGCAUCACUCAAAAGAUCUUCUACCUCAUACGAGACAGAAAGCUCACGCCUCAGAAUGAUCCACUUAGACGAGUCCGUAAAUCAAGAUUGAUCCUAUUCAUUGCGAUCCAGCUAGUAGGAUUUGGAGCGACUUUUGCUAUCACACAGACGAUCGCUGCUAUCGGAUUUCCGCUCAUCAUUAUGUUGUUAAUUCCUCUCCGCGCUGUUAUCAUUCCUCGCCUUCCGUUUACCGAUGAGGAGUUGGCGAUAUUAGAUGGGCCGACCGCUUCACCUUUCACGAUGGAGAGUGUUGGAGGCACCAGAUAACUUAAAUGUCAGUUAUUACAAACCCGCUUUAUGGACCAUGUGCUGCCGUCGACUUCACCGUUCACAAAAUCCUUGUAUCAUCCCUAACUUACUUUUGCUCAUUAUUCAAGGUUUCUGUCCCAAGAAGCCCGGCAGAUUCUCCAGAGGACUUGAUGGGCGCGUUGAAAUACCACCCCUAAUGCUACUCCUCUGCCACUCA